ACAAGGCAUGAAACAGCCAAGAUGAAUCUCACCACAGCACUUGGGAAUGAAGAGAAAAAUCCCAAAAGAGCUCAAGAGCAGCACACAGCUAUCCAUUCCCAGUUCUUCAGCGUUCAUCUCUGAACAGCCACUGGGGUGAGGAGAACCCUGUCUCCUCUGUGCCAGGAGGAAACAGGAAGGAAGGAAGGGACACAACUGAAAUCAAUACGAGGGAGCCUCCGCAGGUUCUUGUCAUUUGUACAAUGAUAAGGCCUUCGGAGACACAGCUGAUGGGAAUCUGCCAGAGCUGGGCAUGACUCACCCCCGCACAGCCUAGCUGCUCUUUUGUGAAGCCUGGAAAAUACCUCAGCAGCUGAUUAAAAGGAGGGAUCUCCUUUCUCCUUCCACGAUGCAUCAAAGGGACCUGACCUUCUGGCUGCCUUAGAAGACUGGACUUUUCAACCUCCUCUAUCAGCCUCCUCGGCUUGGCCCACUUGGAGUGAAUCUCUUGACCUGGAACCCCUCCACCCUCAAGGUAUUCAAGCUGCUCCCGUGAGGCAGCUUCCCGGGAGCCAGAGCCUCCUGGAGCCUGUCUUGCAAGGAUGCCGCUGCCUAAGAAGGUGAGGCUGCUGAUGUUCGUGGGCUCCCAGAUGAUAGUCGUAGCACUCUUCCUCCACAUAUCUGGCCACAGGAGCCUGUUCCAGAAGGAGGAGCCCAGGAGGCCUGUGCAUGUUCUGGUCCUGUCUUCCUGGCGGUCAGGAUCGUCUUUCGUGGGACAGCUUUUUGGGCAGCACCCGGAUGUCUUCUACUUGAUGGAGCCCGCCUGGCACGUGUGGAUGACUUUCACCAGCAGCACAGCCUGGAGGCUGCACAUGGCUGUACGGGACCUUCUGCGUUCCGUCUUCCUGUGUGACAUGAGUGUCUUUGAUGCCUACAUGAAGCCGGGCCCCCGAAAACAGUCCAGCCUCUUCCAGUGGGAGCAAAGCCGGGCCCUGUGCUCAUCGCCCGUCUGUGACUUCUUCCCUGGCGACCAGAUCAGCUCACCUAAGCACUGCAGGCUGCUCUGCGGUCAGCAGCCCUUCGAUAUGGUGGAGAAGGCCUGCCGCUCCCACAGCCACGUGGUGCUCAAGGAGGUGCGUCUUUUCAACCUGCAGGCCCUCUACCCGCUGCUCACAGACCCUUCCCUCAACCUGCACAUCGUGCACCUGGUCCGAGACCCCAGGGCUGUGUUCCGAUCCCGAGAACACACCACAGCAGAACUCAUGACCGACAGUCAUAUUGUGUUGGGGGAGCACUUGAAAAUGAUCAAGGAGGAAGACCAGCCCUACUAUGCCAUGGAGAUCAUCUGCAAAAGCCAGGUGGGCAUAGUCAAGGCCAUCCAAACCCUGCCUGAAGCUCUGCAGCAACGCUUCCUGCUCCUGAGGUAUGAGGACCUGGUUCGGGCACCCCUGGCCCAAACUUCCAGACUAUACAAAUUUGUGGGGUUGAAAUUUUUGCCCCAUCUCCAAACCUGGGUUCACAACGUCACCCGUGGCAAGGGCAUGGGUCAGCACGCCUUCCACACCAACGCCAGGGAUGCCCUCAAUGUCUCCCAGGCGUGGCGUUGGUCCUUACCUUAUAAAAAGGUGUCUCAGCUUCAAGAUGUCUGUGGCGAAGCUAUGGACCUGCUGGGAUACCUCCAGGUUCCAUCCGAACGGGAGCAGGGCAACCUGUCACUGGAUCUGAUGUCUUCCUCCCACACUUUGGGGUAGGUCUUCCGAGAAGGCCGAGGAGGUCCAUCUGCCUCAGCUGGUUCCAGCCUCACCUCCAUUAAAUGAUGGCAAGACCUAAAGCAUCUCCAGAAGAGCAAACUGAGUGCCCGUUCCUCCACAGCCCCAAGCAGCAGAGUGUCUUUUUGUAUCUAUACUCAGGUCUACACUGCAGCUGGGCCUAAACACCAAGAAGCAUUCUCUACCUUGAAAAAGACUUAGGAAACCUUUGAGUCUACCAGCUUCCUCCUUUUCUUGGCCUUCCUGCCUGGGCAUACCUCAGAGACCAUGGCCUGGAGGCCUGUGAGACUCACCAAGCAGUAUCUGUGGAGCAAGUCCAUAAACCUCCCCAUAUCAGAAACAGAAAGCAAAGUCCCCACACAACAGGGCCAGAGUGCAAGGCCAAGCUGUGGCUGGUCUGGACAGCACCACCCCCCCUUCGAUGUUUCCCUGACUCUGACCUCCAGUAAUACAAAAACUAUAACCUCAGCUUCUGUUUUGGAUUCCUGCGUAUGUCUUCUAAGUGCCAGUAGGCAAUGCUUGUUCUCAUGGGGUCCUAACAAUGAGCAUAAUCACCUUUGUAGAGGUUUUUGUUUUCUUUCGCUAUUAUCUAACAUGUAUAUAAAAAUCACUACUACUUUUGGAGUCAGAUGAUGAA